GGCCAUGAUGUCUACAUUACAACCCCUUAGGGCUGAUAUCAGCGUCAGCAGCGUUGGCUCCGACUAUUUUGGGCUUGGUGAUAACCGAGAAGAGGCAGAGAAAAUAAUCGACCAAAUGAAAGCAGACCAACAAUACUUUCAUAUCAAUUUUGAACAAUUUAAGGAUGAAAUCAACAAAGAAGAGACUCCUUUAUACGACCUCGCCAAUGAUGCCACAGUCGAUCGGACAAUUAUCAGAAGGUUGAUAAUCCGUGAAGAGAACUACGGGAAAUGGACAAAUGUUGCAGAAUUCUUGCUAGAACGAAAUAAAAGUUUGAUUUCAACUCUUGAAGUCUCAUCAAAGCAGCUAGCCAGAACAAAGGAAAAUUACUCUCGACUCACUGAAGAGGUUGAGUACUUAGACGAUUUGCUUAAAAGAAGCGACAAAAAGAUCGAAGAAAUGCAAGAAUAUGUAAGAGAAUAUGAAGAAAAAAUCACUGAACUUGAAUCAGACCUUUGCGAUAAGCAAGAUAUAAUAAACCAAUUUCAUCUAGCACCAAAUUUUUCGAGGCUCCUUGAUUUCUCUUGUGAGGAUAACAUAAUCCUCUCUGAUGAUCCAAUUUAUAAAACCUUAGACUUAGAUUGCGAUACUAACGAGCUUGAUUGCAGUCAGAAUGAAUACAAUAGGUUUUCUUCAUACGGAGGUGGUCCAGAAUACAAUCUAAAGCUAGUUAACCUACUCGAGAAACACAAGAAAGAAAAUAAUGAGCUAAGGCAAAGUAUGGAUCAUACCACAGAAGAACUCAACUCUUUCCAAGAAAAAGAGAAGGAAGACAAGGAAAAGAUCGAAGACCUUGAAAAAGAUAUCGAUAUCUUAAAGGCACACUUGAUUGUCCUCGAGAAAGAGAAAAUGAACAGUGAGAAAUAAGUGCAAGAAUUUGAACUUUAAAAUUCAAGAGUUUAAGAAUGAAGUUAAAACCUACAGAGAUAACUGCCACGACUUAGACCAAGCUAAUACCAUAUUAAAACGGAAUUGCUCAGCUUUAAGCAGAGAAAAUGAUAUUUUGAAUACCCAAAUUUAAAAAUAUCGAAUAUCUGAAUAAAAAAUAUGAAGACCAGAAUCCAAAUUUGGAUCUCUCUAUACUCUCUUUCAAUUUCUCACAAAACCAAGUAAGUCCAUCAGAUGUUCUGAGAAAGAGCAAAAGGAGUAACCAGACUAAGAAUCAGCUAUGGAGCAAGCAGCCUACUCAAAAAGAGAAUAAUCUAGGUGCUCAUAGAAGAUGAGUGAGUCAAAGCAAUCAGUUACCAUCAAGACUAAACAAGCUUAAUAUUGAGCCAGUUUCUCCAGAGAAGCAGAAUGUUUUUCCAGCUAGCCGAAAAAGGCUUAAAAAUUACAGCUCGAGAGAUCUUAUCAAUAAAUGGAAUGGAAUGAAAUCUGCAGCAGAUGAAGAACCAGAUUGAGAUGUUUUACAUGAGAAAAACAAUGUUGUUGGAGAGAUCAGUGAGAGUUUAAACUUUCCUCAACCGUUGAGUGAUAUUGAAAACCCUUUCUUCACAAACAACAAGAAUCCUGAAGACCAGCAAUAUUCUGACUUAAGUGCACUAAAUGUUGAUGAAAAUCAAUUUAUUAAAGAAGAAGGGGUAUGUGGAGAUGUAAUGGAAGACAAUGACUCUUUAUUUUCAAAGUCAAGCCUUACUCUCAUUACAGCUAAUUCUCAAAUGUCCCAGAACAACAAAGAAUCUCCCAAGAAUAUCUCUGGAACCGUAACUAAGAGUAACCUAUCGCUUUUCAAAAAUCCGAGAGAGAAAGCUUUAUAUCUCGAAGGUAUUGAGACAAUUUUAGAAGAUAAUGAGAAUUCCAGUUCUAUUAACAAUUUCUCAAGAGAAAAUUCAUUAAAUUUUACAAAAGCUGUCUCGAUGAAUGAACUUUUCAACUCCGAUCAGAAAAGAGAGUCAUCUAUUAUAGAUGAGAAAGGAUCAAUGGAGGAGUCCAUUUAUCCUUCGUCUGACGAAGAUAGCAGAUUAGCUCAUCUUGAGGAGAAAAAAGAUCCUUUUUCUGAAGCCCAAAUUCAGCAAAAAUUUUCAUUAAAUAUUCUGAUGCCUGAAGAUCCUAAAGAUGACAAUAUUAUUGACCUCAACCCUUGAGGAGGCUCUUUUUAUUCAAAAAAUUCAGACGCAGACGAUUUUAAAGAUGAGGUAGGAAGUUUAUUUUGCGAUCCUCCUGAAACUUCUCUUCCAAAUAAAAGAAUUGAGCCUUCAGAGAAUCUUCUUGCAAGAAAAAGCUUUAGCACAAAGGAAAUAAGCAAGAUUCUUCCAAACCCGAACCUUUUAUGAAUUCCUAAUACUGCAAAAGAUGAGUCUCAGCACAAAUCUCCAAAUUGGCAGUUUCCUCCACAUCCAGCUAGAAAAACUUUGUUGUCUAACUCUGAAAAGAUGUUUAAUAAGGUAGCAAAAGGACAUUUCAGGCAGGUUCAACGCACACAUUCCAGAAUGUUUCACUCAAGUAAAAGGAUGCUUAAUGAUCAGCCUCCACAUAAGACAAGAUCUUUAUUUGCCAAUAAUACUCUGAAAUCAGAAAGCUCGUACUCAGAUGUUAGUGUAGCUAAGAAUACCUUAAAGUCUAUCCUAAUGAAGAACAAGGUGGUUGACAAUAAGCCAUGAGUUCGAUGCAGGGACAGAAAAGAGCCGAUUGAGGAGUUCUUUAGUAUAUUAGUGAUAUCCCUCAAACUUGUUCAUAAGGAGAAAGAUCUGAUUCUUGAUUACCCUGUGAGUAAGAUUUAUCAGAAAGCUUUGAAAAAAAAUAUCCAAUUUUAUGAGUUUCCCAGCUUUAUUGAGAAAUUCCUUGAUGAGUUAGCCAUCAAAAUAAAUUAUAAGCGAUGUCAGAAGCUUCAGGUUCGGAAAAGAAGGAGGCUAAAACCUAGGAAGGCUUUGCUGAAGAGCAAGGAUUACUGAAGCAUCUAUUCUAAAGUGGUUGUCCGGCCCAGUCCUGGGGAUUUUGAAAUAAUCGACGACUUUUUCUAA